AGAUACCCCAGGAAGAUACUGGACUACAUGGAGGGCUUCCUCAUCUCCAAGACACUGUUCACAGCAUGUGAGCUAGGAGUGUUUGACCUCCUGCUGGCGUCGCAGGACCCCCUGUCUGCCCAGCAGAUAGCCCAGGCGGCGGGGGCCAGCCUGGAUGGGACAAAGAGGCUCCUCGCUGCCUGCACCGGGCUGGAGCUGCUCAGCGCUCACUGUCAGGACGGGGGACAAGUCGUGUACAGCAACACGGAGCAGGCCCGUGUUUACUUGACCCGUGCGAGCCCUCUGUCUCUCCAGCCCUCCAUCCAGUACAGCUCCAGAACCAUCUACCUCUGCUGGCACUACCUGACCGACGCCGUCAGAGAGGGGAGAAACCAGUAUGAAAAGGCUUUUGGUGUCAGCUCCAAAGACCUAUUCCAAGCUUUGUACAGAUCGGACGAGGAGAUGAUGAAGUUUAUGCAGCUAAUGAACUCCAUUUGGAACAUUUGUGGCAGAGAUGUCGUCACAGCCUUCGACCUUUCACCUUUUAGGUCUAUUUAUGACCUUGGAGGCUGCAGUGGAGCACUGGCCAAGCAGUGCACGUCGGCCUACCCAGAAUGCACCGUGACGAUCUUCGACCUCCCCAAGGUGGUGCAGAUGUCUCGGGAACACUUUGUCACCAGUGACAACCAGAGGAUAGGCUUCCAUGAGGGGGACUUUUUCAAAGACUGUCUGCCAGAGGCCGACCUCUACAUCCUGGCCAGAAUCCUCCAUGACUGGACAGACCAGUGCUGCCUGGAGCUGCUCACUCGGGUCUACCAGGCUUGCAAACCCGGAGGUGCAGUGUUGCUGGUGGAGGCGCUGCUCUAUGAGGACAGCUCAGGCCCGCUGACCGCUCAGCUCUACUCGCUGAACAUGCUGGUCCAGACGGAGGGCCGAGAGAGGACGGCGUCGGAGUACACCGCCCUGCUCACCGCCGCCGGCUUCGCCCACAUCCACGUCCGCCACACAGGCAAGAUCUACGACGCUGUCCUGGGACGCAAGGAGGAACGAGACUGA